UAGGCUGUUAUCUGUCAUAUUUCAAUCACUGAUCGUAAACAAACCAAUGUUUUUGAUUCUAAUUAAAAGAAGAAUGGUUUUAAUUAAUUAUUUUCAUAGUAAAGUCGUUAGGACUGUUAGAUUACGGUAAUAUUAAAAGUGACAAACUGAAGUGAUAAUUGUUCUGGCAGCCGCAAGUUGUGUACCAAAUGUUAUUUUUGUUAUAAAAAAACUUACUGAAUAUAAGAUAUUCAAACAAUGUCUAUUAAACCAGAUUCUUCUCUAAACUCUGAAUAUCCGGUCGUCGAUAAAGAAGAAUUUAACACAAAAGUACAAAACUAUUACAAAACACACAGUGUGAACAGCAAGAAGUUAGAAUGGACGAGAGAUAGAAUAGAAGAUGUGAUCAAACUGCUAGAAGAUUAUAAUAAAGCUAAAUUCCGUGGCAUACGAGCAACGAACAAACAAUAUCACCACGCACAUAAAUACGACGUCAUUAAAACUGGUAAUCAUAAAGUAUUAAUUCUUAAAAGAAAAGAUACUUCACAUCCAACAUUAGAAAUGAUUCCUACAGAGGAUUAUUAUCAGAAAAUUCUCGAAGCCCAUCUCGCCACAGGUCACGGCCGAAGAGACAAGAUUGUCAAUGCAUUAAGAACUAAAUACAUGAUACCAAUAUUUGCAAUUAAAAUAUUUCUUGACCUUUGCAGAGUAUGUAUGACACAUAAAAACAAUUUCAGAUACAAUUUUAAGUCAACCCCCAUUAAACCCAUAUCUUCUAAAGACUUUAACAUGAGCGGUCAAAUAAAUAUUCUAGACUUCCAAACAAGUCCGGACAAAGACUACAAAUGGUUAUUGCAUUAUCAGGAUCAAACAACGAAAUUUAGUUUUCUACGACCAUUGAAAAGCAAAGAUGUGAAAGAAGUCGCUUUAGAAGUUCUAAAAAUAUUCCUACAAACUGGCUGUCCUAAUAUCUUACAAAGUUCCGAUGGAAUUAAGUUUACUACAUCAGUACUAAGCGAAAUCACUACAUUAUGGUCAGCUUGCGAUGUCAUCCAAGGCCAAAUAAUAGAUCCACAGAACGAAGAAAGCAUAGAAAAAACUAAACAAGAUAUAAAAAACAUGAUACAAGCAUGGAUGGUUGAUAAUAAUGGAACAAAUUGGUCCUUUGGAUGUUAUUUCGUUCAAUUUCAAAUUAAUUCAUCUUACCAACUAACAACUCAUAAUACUCCGUAUAAAGCUGUGUUUGGGACUGAUCCUAGAUUAGGAGUUACAUCUUUAUCGGAAAACAUGGUCACCCACUUCUCAGUGGAAGUAAAAGUAGAGGAAGGUUCAGAAGAUAGUGAGAACAAUGAAGAAAAAGACUAAAUAAAUAUUGAAACAUAUAGGAAUAGGAAAAGGCUGGAUGUAUUUUUUUUUGUUUUAUUUAAAGUUUUUCAAAGUUGCCAUUUUAAAAAGAAAUUGUUAAAGUUAAAAUAUUUAAUUAUAUCACAGGGCUAGAUUUACUCUACUGGAAAAUAUUUACAAAAAUC